UGAAUUCAACUGAUCAUCCACGGAAAUUAAGUGGCUCUACGCUACAUUGUGUGGUACUACACUUCGGGAGUACUGGCCACUGUCCUGUUUAUUCAACUGCCAGUGUUAUAAAUCACACGUUUUUAAAAUCACACAUGCCUGUCUUUGUCGUUGGAAAAACAGAAAAAUUACAUGGCUGGCCUUAUAGAGUCUCUGUUGGCACAAUUAACUGCUGCACAAUGUGCCGAGUACAUGGUCACAAUGCAAUGUUGUCGAUUCUACUCACCGUCAUGGCGGCCAAACCCACGCAGUGCGUACUACGGAAGUAACACCAGAACAGGCCUGUCUUUUUAGUGUCCUUGCUGGUGAGGUAGGCUCAAACAUGGCGGAAACAACACAGCAGGCACAGUUGGCUGGAGAAUAUUUUCACAAAGAAAGAAAAACGUUCACCCCUGAGGAAGAAUCCAGGCUAGAAAGGCAACAUUUUUGGAGGAUAAUCGACUCUUUUAGAUUUUACAGGUCCCAUGUCCAGGAGCAAGUCAAUCGAGCUGAGCGUCAGUUUCUUCGACUACCUCAACGCCACCAAGACUUACUGCCAUCCGUACUGUCCAACCUGGCCUGCAUUCGCCAAUGUGCAGACCAUAAUCAUGAAGUCCUGCAGGCCAUAGUGCAGCACAGCAUUCACAUGUUUGAGAACAUUGAGUAUGGAGAGAGGGAGGAUCAGAGAAAGGUGCAGCCUUCCUCAACAUUUGACAUGGACAAGCUGAAGUCCACCAUAAAGCAGUUUGUCAGAGAUUGGAGUGAGGCGGGUCAGGCUGAGCGGGACUCAUGCUACCAGCCCAUCAUCCGGGAGAUCCAAAGACUAUUCCCAAGUGACCAAUAUGAUGUGUCCAAGGUUAGCGUGUUGGUUCCGGGAGCUGGUCUUGGUCGGCUAGCCUGGGAAAUUGCUCGUCUGGGUUAUAUAUGCCAGGGCAACGAAUGGAGCUUCUUCAUGCUUUUCUCUUCCAACUUUGUUCUCAACAGGUGUGAAAAGGUGAAUUGUCUGACAUUGUACCCCUGGAUUCACCAGCUUAGCAACAAUAAGAAGUCGUCAGAUCAAACACGGCCAGUCCGAUUUCCUGAUGUCAACCCUCAGGGCUUACCACAAAAUUCGGACUUCUCCAUGGUAGCAGGUGACUUUCUGGAAGUCUACUCUGAUGCAGAUUCUUGGGACUGUGUGGCGACCUGCUUCUUUAUCGACACAGCCCAUAACAUCAUACAGUAUGUGGAGACCAUCUGGAAGAUUCUUAAGCCUGGAGGAGUGUGGAUCAAUUUAGGACCUUUGUUGUACCAUUUUGAAAACAUGGCCAAUGAGCAAUCAGUUGAACUCAGCUAUGAAGACAUCAGAGCGGCAAUGGUGCAGUUUGGCUUCCACAUAGAGGUGGAGAAUGAGUCUGUACGUACCACCUAUACAGAGAAUGAGCGCUCCAUGUUAAGAUACGUUUAUGACUGUGUAUUUUUUGUGGCCCGGAAACCGUAUUCUAAAUUUCAAGAUGAUGACCAGCAACACAGUUCACCUCCAGCUGCCAAAUCACCACGUCAAGACAGCUCAGGCUGUCCUACGUGAGUGUCAUUUAUUUUCAAAGGACUGUAAAAUUUCAAGCAAAUGCGAAAAAAAUUGUCAAGAAAAUGAGAUUGAAAGGAAAAAAAAACAAUUAAACACAAUUACAGCAAUUUUUUGGUUCUAUUUUUAGUAAUAAGUCACCAAAAAUUGAAUCAACUCAGAGGGUAACUGAAGUGUUAAUGCAUAAUUUCAGUGUUUAAAUUGUGCUCGACAGCUGCUUUUAAAACUGAUUGGAGCACUUGCACAUCUGCUUAAGUGAUCAAUUUUCCAAUUAAAACAACUUUGUAGAUUCAGCUUGCUUCUUAAAAAUAACAAUUGUACAAAUCUACAAAACUAUCAAUCAGCUAUGAGUGGAGCAGCUCUAAAAUGCUCACUGUGAGAACCGUACAAUAUUAUCAUGCUGAAGUGUUUUGCCAUAAAGGUGAGCUGUGCAUAGGCAUUGUUAAACCCUGGUAAACCUCCCUCUAUAAUGACAUCACUACUGAGGAAUGAUUAGUACAUGAAGAAUGUGUCUGAGUGAAUAACAGGAAGCAGAUAUUUGCUUUAUUCCAAUGCAGUGUAACAAUGGUGUUCUAUUUGCAUGGAUCAUCACUGACAAAUGUAAUCAAAGCUUGUUGCAGCUUUUCAGGAAUAAAGUGUUUUAACAUGUUUUUUUUUUUAAAUAUUUGAAUAAAACUCCAAACCAGCUGA